AUGCAGGACAUACGGCAAGAGCCCUACAACCUUCCUGCUGGCUUCGUCUGGUGCACCUGUGACGUGUUCGAUGAAACAAUCAUGCGAGACGUGUACACGCUCUUGAACGAGAACUAUGUUGAAGACGAUGACAACAUGUUCCGGUUCGAUUACUCCGUUCCCUUCCUGCGCUGGGCACUCACUCCUCCUCACUACAAGGCUGAGUGGCAUGUUGGUGUCCGCACAGAAAAGUCUGGAAAGCUUGUGGGGUUUAUUACAGGCAUACCCGCCACAAUGAGGGCAUGGGACCAGCCAUUCUCGUCGGUGGAGAUCAACUUUCUUUGUGUACACAAGAAGCUUCGCUCGAAGCGCCUCGCACCCGUCCUGAUCAAGGAGGUGACUCGGAGGGUCAACUGUGCUGGAAUUUUCCAGGCAGUCUACACAGCUGGAGCUGUGCUGCCCACUCCGGUUGCGAGCUCGUCUAGAUACUGGCAUCGAUCUCUUAACCCGAAGAAACUCAUUGAGGUUGGCUUCUCCCGGCUGCAACCUCGGAUGACGAUGGCAAGAACACUGAAGCUUUACAAACUCCCCGAAGAGAUUCAACUCCAAGGUCUCAGACCCAUCCAGAAGCAAGACGUCCCUAGCGUCUGUCGGCUACUCACGGCGCAUCUCAACAAGUUCAAGCUUGCCAGUCUCUUCACUGAGGCGGAGGUGGAGCACUGGUUCUUGACCCAGGAGGGAGUUGUCUACUGUUACGUCAAAGAAGAUCCAGCUACCCGAGAGAUCUCGGACAUGCUGAGCUUCUACGUGCUACCUUCUACCAUCAUCGGAAACAAGCAGUAUCCGACGCUGAAGGCGGCUUAUUCUUUCUACAACGUCGCGACUUCAGUUCCUUUUGUGCAGUUGAUGUCGGAAGCUCUCAUCAUCGCCAAGCAGCUUGACUUUGAUGUGUUCAACGCCUUGAACAUCCUCGACAACGACGAGGAGAUUCUCAAGGAGCUCAAGUUCGGAAUCGGCGAUGGCCGCCUGCAGUAUUAUCUCUAUAACUGGCGCUGCAAGGACAUGCAGCCGUCUGAUGUUGGUCUGGUUCUCUUGUGACCUUGUGCUCUUUGUUCCCCUCCCAUCCCUCGCGCUCCUGUGCCAACCAGCCACUUGCUGCCUCUGAGGGUUCAAAUCUUUACUCGGGAAAGGUAUAAACGAAAACUUACAUCC